GAAACCAAACACAUCAAAAGGAGUUUUACUCUUGGAUUUUGUGUGCUGGAAUUGUUAUCUUCACUCUUCAGUUCCAGUUUGCAAUGUUUCUGUACGUAGAAAAUUGGAACAAACUAUGUCAUAUACGUACAGACAGAAAAGCCAUCUCCACCUAACACUACAACAUCCUUACAAUCAAAGUCUCUCUCAAAUGGAUCAUACAUUUUUGUGCAAAAUUAAGGAACCAAACCAUUAUCCUUCCUUAACCCAAGAUCCUUACUUAGCCUUCCAUUCCAAUUCAAGCAUUACUAAUCUGCAAGCCAAAGCAAAAAAUUUGGACUUUGGAUAGUGGUAAUUGGGGAAGAAAAUUUGUUUGGUUGGCCCCAAUUUUCCGUAGUCUUCACUCUCAAAUUUGGUGGCACAGUGGCUCAGUGGCAAUAUAUAAAUGAAGAGUUUGUGUGCUUGCUUCUUCACAAGCAGUGUCUUCAACUCUCACUCCCACUCUCACUGGAACCAUAACCAUUCUCAUUCUCAUUCUCAAUCUCAGAUCAUGGCGGGAAGCAUCUCUGGUCCGAGUGGGGGCAAUGCCGCUAACAUUUUACUGAAUCAUGACUUCUCCGGAGGGUUGGAUUCUUGGCAUGUCAAUUGCUGCGACGGCUAUGUAGUUUCAGCUGAAGAAGUUUCCCAAUUAGGAAUAUCAAUGGAGACAGAUGGUAAUUGUGCUGUUAUCACCAGCCGAAAAGAAUGCUGGCAAGGUCUCGAGCAAGACAUCACAAGCAGAGUUUCCAUUGGCUCCACUUACAUAGUUUCAGCUCUUGUUGGAAUAUCCGGCCUGUCUCAGGGAUCUAAUGAUGUCCAAGCUACUCUGAAACUUGAAUAUCACGAUUCGGCUACUAGUUACUUGUUCAUUGGAAGAACUUCUGUUACAAGGGGAAACUGGAAAAAGCUGGAAGGGACAUUUUCAUUGUCAACUAUGCCAAAACGAGUUGUAUUUUAUUUGGAAGGACCUGCUCCUGGAGUUGAUAUACUCAUUCGCCCAGUAGAGAUCGGCUGUUCAAAUCCGAACAACAAUAUUGCAAGAACUGGAUGUGUUUCUACUGGAGAAGAUAAUAUCGUAAUAAACCCGCAAUUUGAUGAUGGCUUGAACAAUUGGUCCGGAAGAGGCUGUAAGAUUGCAUUGCAUGAUUCCAUGGGAGAUGGGAAAAUUCUACCUAAGUCUGGCAAGUUCUUUGCAUCAGCGACUGAACGUACACAAAGCGCUCGCCUACGAGGUCACUACUUCAGUUCGAAUAUUUGGAAACAAUGUCACUACUGCUGAUGUUCGCGCUACUUUGUAUGUCCAAACAUCAGAUCUUCGAGACCAGUACAUCGGCAUUGCCAAUGUGCAGGCAACAGACAAAGAUUGGAUUGAUAUGCAGGGAAAGUUCCUUCUAAAUGGAUCCCCAUCAAAAGUGGUAAUUUAUUUAGAGGGUCCUCCGCCGGGUACUGACAUUCUUGUUAAUAGUUUGGUUGUAAAGCGUGCGCCUAAGACACCUCCAUCAACACCACCGGACAUAAAGGGUGUUGCUUUUGGGGUUAAUGUAAUUGAGAACAGCAAUCUGGCUGAUGGCACUAAUGGAUGGUAUCCCCUUGGUAACUGCACAUUGAGUGUUAAAACCGGCUCGCCACAUAUAAUGCCGCCGAUGGCAAGAGACUCUCUAGGACCACAUGAGCUUCUAAGUGGACGCUACAUACUUGUAACAAACCGCACACAAACAUGGAUGGGUCCUGCUCAGACUAUCACUGAUAAAUUGAAACUCUUUGUGACUUAUCAAGUAUCGGCUUGGGUUCGGCUUGGUUCAGGAUCAUCCGGGCCACAGAAUGUGAAUGUUGCCCUUGGUGUUGACAACCAGUGGGUCAAUGGAGGACAAACUGAGGUAUCCGAUCAAAGAUGGCAUGAAAUCGGUGGGUCGUUUAGAAUCGAAAAGCAGCCAUCAAAGGUUAUGGUUUAUGUCCAAGGUCCUGCUUCAGGUGUUGACUUAAUGGUUGCUGGACUUCAAAUUUUUCCUGUUGAUAGACAUGCAAGGUUUAAAUAUCUAAAGUCUCAAACAGACAAGAUCCGAAAGCGUGAUGUUACCCUGAAAUUCUCCGGACUGGAUGCAAGCAACUACUCGAAAACCUCAGUGCAAGUCAGACAAAUUCAGAAUAAUUUUCCAGUUGGAACAUGCAUCAGCAGGAUGAACAUUGACAAUGAGGAUUUUGUAGACUUCUUUGUGAAACAUUUUAACUGGGCUGUGUUUGGUAAUGAGUUGAAAUGGUACUGGACCGAGCCGCAACAGGGGAAUUUCAACUACAAGGAUGCAGAUGAUCUCUUAAACUUGUGUCAGAAGAACAAGAUAGAAACUCGCGGCCAUUGUAUCUUCUGGGAAGUGGAUGGAACCGUCCAGCAAUGGAUUAAAGCGCUGAACAAAACUGACCUCAUGGCGGCCGUCCAGAACAGAUUAAACGGCCUGCUUACUCGGUAUAAAGGCAAGUUCAAUCACUAUGAUGUUAACAAUGAAAUGCUGCAUGGUUCAUUUUACCAGGACAGGUUAGGUAAGGACAUAAGGGCCAACAUGUUUAAGACUGCGAAUCAACUUGAUCCGGCCGCUACCCUUUUCGUGAAUGAUUAUCACGUGGAAGAUGGAUGUGACACCAGAUCAUGUCCGGAAAAAUACAUUGAACAUAUUCUUGAUUUGCAAGAACAGGGGUCCCCUGUUGGUGGAAUUGGAAUUCAAGGCCAUAUAGAUAGUCCGGUUGGGCCUAUCGUUUGUUCAUCCCUUGAUAAACUGGGAAUUCUUGGCUUACCUAUAUGGUUCACCGAGCUAGAUGUGUCGUCGACUAACGAAUAUGUUAGAGCAGACGAUUUGGAAGUUAUGUUGAGGGAAGCCAUGGCUCACCCGGCCGUCGAAGGCCUAAUGCUGUGGGGAUUUUGGGAGUUGUUCAUGAGCCGGGACAACUCUCACUUGGUUAAUGCAGAAGGUGAAAUCAAUGAAGCUGGAAAAAGGUUCCUUGCUCUUAAGCAAGAAUGGCUUUCUCAUAGCCAUGGAAAUGUUGAUCAGCAAGGUCAAUACAACUUUAGAGGCUUUCAUGGAACAUACAAGGUUGAUAUUGUCAUUGAUACAAAGAAAGUUUCCAAGACCUUUGUCCUUGACAAGGGUGACUCUCCAAUGGUGGUUUCCAUAGACUUCUAAGUUAUAACCAUUCUGCAUUAUUCAAUUAACUAUAAUCUAUGAUCUUGAAUUCUAUGUCACUCAUUCAUAUGGUUUGUUAAACAAAUAUUGUUGUCUUUAUACAUGCCUUGUUGUGUGAUGUAAUGAUAUUAAUAUUAUGUAUGUUUUCUGGAAAAAUAAAAUAAGAUCAGUUCUUGAUGGUUCUGA